UCUUCUUCUUCGCCUUCUCCUCCAGUCUUUUCGCCUCGCGGAGCUGCGGAAACGGUGUCCCCGCACAGUCGGGGAAGGGGGCCCCCCGCACGCGAGAUGUACGGCUUCGUCAAUCACGCCCUGGAACUGCUGGUGAUUCGGAAUUACGGUCCCGAAGUCUGGGAGGACAUUAAGCGAGAGGCACAACUUGAUGAAGAAGGGCAAUUUCUAGUCAGAAUUAUUUAUGAUGAUUCCAAAACGUAUGAUUUGGUUGCUGCGGCAAGCAAAGUCCUUAACCUUAAUGCUGGAGAAAUUCUUCAGAUGUUUGGGAAGAUGUUUUUUGUGUUUUGCCAGGAAUCUGGCUAUGACACCAUCUUGCGUGUGUUGGGCUCCAAUGUCAGAGAAUUUCUGCAGAACCUUGAUGCUUUGCAUGACCAUCUUGCUACAAUAUACCCAGGUAUGCGUGCCCCUUCAUUUAGAUGCACUGAUGCAGAAAAGGGGAAGGGACUCAUUCUGCAUUACUAUUCAGAGAGAGAAGGCCUCCAAGACAUUGUCAUUGGAAUCAUUAAAACAGUUGCUCAACAGAUCCAUGGCACAGAAAUAGAUAUGAAGGUUGUUCAACAAAGAAAUGAAGAGUGUGACCAUAUUCAGUUUUUAAUUGAAGAGAAAGAGUCUAAGGAAGAGGAUUUUUAUGAAGACUUGGACAGAUUUGAAGAGAAUGGUACCCAGGAGUCUCGUAUCAGUCCUUACACUUUUUGCAAGGCUUUCCCUUUCCACAUUAUAUUCGAUAGAGAUCUAGUUGUCACCCAGUGUGGCAAUGCAAUAUACAGAGUCCUUCCACAGCUUCAGCCAGGAUACUGCAAUCUAUUGUCAGUGUUUUCAUUGGUUCGGCCUCAUAUUGAUAUUAGUUUCCAUGGAAUCCUCUCACAUAUCAACACGGUCUUUGUGCUGAGGAGCAAGGAAGGGCUCUUGGAUGUGGAAAAGUUGGAAUGUGAAGAUGAAUUAACUGGUACAGAAAUUAGCUGCUUACGCCUUAAGGGUCAAAUGAUCUACCUGCCUGAAGCAGAUAGCAUUCUCUUUCUUUGUUCUCCAAGUGUGAUGAAUUUGGAUGACCUAACCAGAAGAGGGCUAUACCUGAGUGACAUACCACUGCAUGAUGCUACCCGUGACUUGGUCCUUUUGGGAGAGCAGUUCAGAGAGGAAUACAAGCUGACACAGGAGUUGGAGAUACUAACUGACAGGCUUCAGCACACAUUAAGAGCAUUGGAAGAUGAAAAAAAGAAGACAGACACACUGUUGUAUUCUGUGCUUCCUCCAUCUGUGGCCAAUGAGCUGAGACACAAGCGUCCUGUGCCAGCGAAGCGUUAUGAUAAUGUGACCAUACUUUUUAGCGGCAUCGUUGGAUUUAAUGCCUUCUGCAGUAAACAUGCCUCUGGAGAGGGAGCCAUGAAAAUUGUCAAUCUCUUAAAUGACAUUUACACAAGAUUUGAUAUUCUGACUGACUCCCGGAGGAAUCCCUUUGUUUAUAAGGUUGAGACAGUUGGAGACAAGUAUAUGACAGUAAGUGGCUUGCCAGAGCCAUGCAUCCAUCAUGCACGUUCUAUCUGCCACUUAGCAUUGGAUAUGCUGGAAAUAGCUGGACAGGUUCAAGUUGAUGGAGAGUCUGUACAGAUAACAAUAGGCAUUCACACAGGAGAAGUAGUCACAGGUGUCAUUGGCCAAAGAAUGCCCCGUUAUUGUCUUUUUGGAAACACUGUUAAUCUAACAAGCAGAACAGAAACUACUGGAGAGAAAGGGAAGAUCAAUGUUUCUGAAUACACUUACAGAUGUCUGAUGACUCCAGAAAAUUCAGAUCCACAAUUCCACUUGGAACACAGAGGCCCUAUUUCCAUGAAGGGUAAAAAAGAACCAAUGCAAGUUUGGUUUUUGUCCAGAAAGUGCACAGAGACAGAGGAAGUAACACACGAUGCUAACUGAGCCAGGCGAAACACAAGAGGACAAGGAACAGAGUGGAACACUGUGUCCUGCCACUAAUGUAGUCUGGUAGUAAUUAGAUGUGACUGCUGUUGCUACGUGUUGUAUCUCUUCCAUUUACUCAUCCAAUCUGUGCUGAACAGUAACAUUUUCACCGGGCUUCCCUGGGCUCCUUUCUGGCUGCUUUUUGUUUACUCGGCUUUUGAUAUUAUAGUAUCUCUGCUGUGGCUAUGUGUAUCCCAAGAUCUUUUGUCUCUCUCUUUCUGCAUCUUAAAGUCUAAUGUAAUGAUGAGCGUUAAGCUAACCAUAAGGAAUCUAGUGCUUCAUACAUGUGCUUUUCAUCUCCAUCUCUAGUGACUAAUCACCAUGAUCUUUAUGAUGGUGUGACUCAAAGUUGUUUCUGCAAGAAAAGAAAUUCUAAUUGAUAGCAAGAAUCAUGAGCUCAGAGAACAGAUAUUUUUAUACAAUAAUUUGGCCUUUUGUUGCAAAGCUUAUUAAAGUAAUCCAUCUGCUUCCCUCCACUCUGCUGUUGUGAAAUAUUGCAGUUUGUUCUAGAAACCAGCUUUAAUGCACCAUCAGUUGCUCUUUUACUAUGUAUUGACUGUCGCCUGAUGCAACAUAUACAUUUUCUACAUGGAAGAGAAGAGUAAUGUUAGGUUACUGAGAAAUGUGUGCCAAUUUCUACUCUAAAUCUGAUACUAUUCUCUCCUGUUUCUCGUAAAGAUUUCUAGUGGUAAGGAUAAUUCAUGCCUAAUAUGUUGCCAGACAACUUUUUAUAUCAUGCAUAAUGUUGGUUGAGAGCCAGAAUAAUGGGAAAUUUCUUUGAGAGCCAGAAUAAUGGGAAAUUUCUGGACCUUUGACCCAAUUUAUCUGAAAACCAAGGGACCUAUGAAGGUCCACAGGUUGCAGAUCUCCACCAUGUUUGACCUCGCUAGGCCUAUAGUGAAGCACUGGCAUUGGCUGUGCCCUAUAUGCAAUUUGAGAGGGCCUUUUCCAUGUCAGGGCGACAAGGGAGAACAAAUAGCUGAAAAAUAAAGUAUCCAAGAAAAGUAAAUGUGCCCUGUCCACUGGAUGGACCCCGCUUGGAUGAAGUUUCUAAGCGGUGGUCCAUGGCCUACUAAUUUGAUAUUGAAGCAUGCCAGUGACUAGAGGCCUCUAUCCAAACAGUGAUGUCUACCACAGGUAGACUGUCUACCACAGUGAUGUGGUAGACAGUGGCAACAAUUACCAAAGCUUGCUGCGGAUUCUUAUAAGUUCCCCUGGAAAUCUUUUUCAAGUUCCACCUGAAUCCCAAAAUCAGAAUCCCAAAAUCUGUCCUGAAUCCUGCCUUCAGUGAAUUUCAGGGGCAACAAUACCAUUUUCAACUGUUUCUCCAUAAGUGAAAUACAUGUUACUGAGAUAGCUAUCAAACAACACCUUUGUUUAUCCUAAUUUUAAAAAUUGCUUGUUGGGUGGGGGAAGUGAAAAGGUUCACCAUUUUAUGAAGAAACUUAUCCGGAUUCAUGAUGUGUUCAUAUAUAUAGACUUGUGUAAAUGUAACUGCUGUUUAAACAGCACUCAUAUUUUUAUGGACUUCUGAUUAUCUAUCCUGUACUCUAUCCUGUACUAAUGAGUUUGUCUUAGAUAUAUUGUAGGAAAAAUACAUCAAUUAUUAAUUUUUUUUAAAAAAAACUUGUUUAUAAGAUAUAAAUGUGUACAUAUAUGUAUAUAUACAUAAAUAUAAAUGUUAUGUAUAAAAUUGUCAGCAUCUAGUUUAUAUCUUUAUCUAUAUCUAAUCAACACAAAAUAUAUGUAUAAAUGUUUUACGUUCAUGUGAAUAAGGAAGGAUUUUAAAUUAUGGGCCCUUUCUCACUGAUCUUUGGAAGGGUUUUUUCCUAGUGAAAAAUUAUAUGUUAAUUUUGGAAGUGUCAUAAUAAAUAUUCUUUAUCCCUAA